UGAUAAUAAAUAUUAUUCGAACGUUAAAUUAAUAAACCCAAUAUAAAUUAAAUUACAGGGUUCCCACACUACUUCCAACACGUAGAAAAAAAAAUUGCUUGCACUAUGGAUUAAGUUUCAUCUUUCAUCCACUGUUGUUUGUGUCAUUGAAGAUCUAAUAUUUAUUGAAAUUUUAAAUAUAAGUUUCUAUUGCACGGCACACGAAAAACUUGUGCUGAACAUCAAGAACGUAAAUCGAGCACUAAACAAUUAUUAUAUAAUGAACAUUUGAUGUAACUAGCUUCAAAAUGAGUAACAAUUUGGAUAAUGAUAGGUCACUUAGUAGUAAAAUGCAUCCAAUAGAUUUAGCUCCUCAAAAAAUAACUAUAGUGAAAAGUGUGAGUAGUGUUUCGAGUUCCGAUAUGAAAAUGACGCAUCUAAUCCCGGGUCAAGCUAAAACAGCAGGUUCAAGUCAAAUAAUAGCUCAUGCUAGCCCCGGAACGGGACUGAUGCGUCCGGGACUAGCACAAAUCAUUGCGUCGAAUGUUGCUUCACAGCCUCAAAUGAUAAUCAGUGGAUCACCUAUUUUACAAGGUGCUCAAAUUGUUAGUCAAGGGUCUCAGCUAAUAAGUCAAGGCUCACAGAUGUCCCAAUCACAGUUAAUUACUCCCAGUGGCCCUCUUAUAAGUCCUGGCACUCAGAUCAUAAGUCAAGGAACCCAGUUGUCUGCACAAGUGUCAAAUGCUAAUACAGUUGGGUCAAGCAAUGUUCAGUCAAGUGUGACCUCUUCUGUGAGUGGAACUCAAGUGUUGAAUGUUGGAAGCCAGCUGGUCAGUGGGGCUGGUAACCUGGUGGUCAACUCAUCUGUGCGUACAUUGCCCCCUACAGUUAGAGUUCUACCUCCAUUACCUCAUCAUAAUAACAGGCCAGCUGUUCUGUCAAGUGUGCAAGUGUCAAGUGCAAGUGGUGUACUGGUUAGUAAAGGUGUGGGAGUUGGGGUCACAAGCCAUGUGAGCCAUGUCCCGCGUGGUCUCGCAGCUGGUGCAUCCCUUGCUGUACGACCAGUCACUCCUGCUUCCAACACUCAAGCAGCUUCAGGUGGUGCUUGGUCUGGUGCAUCCCGUGGUCCACGCAGUACCCUAGUGUACGGCCAGAGGGGGGCGCGAGUGAGCGCGCCAAGCUCUUCGCCAGCUUCUUCACAAUCUACACACUCCACUGUCGUUACUUUACCUACGACGUCUGUACUAACUUCAAGUGGUGUAAUAGCUGCUGCAGGGCGCGGAGCCCCAUCGCGUACACCCACACCGACUCCUGCGGCCGCCGCGCCGAGACCACUUCCACUAUUGCAGAGAAACUAUCAACCUGCUAAGGUGGUUGGUGUAGCCAGUGUGGGCGUUCGUGGCGUAGUGGGCAACAGUGCGCCCACCCAGCUGUACUACGAAGUGCCGCGCGGCGCGCAGGGCGGGCCCCCCGCCGCGCCCCCCUCCGCGCCCCCCGCCGCGCCGCUCGCCGGACACGUGGGGGCAGCACUGCCGCGCGCACUCGCGCCCUAUCUGCACCAAUCCUCCACACAACCCCAGCAGACUCAAGUAACGGUUGUGAAUGCUGUAUCAGCAUCGCCAGAAACCCGUGUUCCGGUAUCCUCCGUCCCAGCUCAGACAGUAUUGCCAAGACCGUCCAUACUAAGAAAAAGAGAUCUCGAUGGGUCUCCAAGCAAGAACUCUAGUUUCGGUCGGUCAGGCUGGGAGGACGUGCCGGUUGGCGGGUGCGGCGCGGGCUCGGGCGGAUCCACGACCAUCAGCGCGUCAUCCUCCCCCGCACCAGAUGACGAACCCGAACCUCCACGUCCCGACCCUGACCUUAGUCCACGCAAGAAACCAAGGAAACAAAUGUUGAGUAAUGAAGUGAGACAAUGUGACUAUCAAGGAGAGGAGCUUCCGCCUACUCCACCGCCAGUCUCAUUCAACCCUCCAAAACGUCCACUUCUCAGCUCGAGUUACGUGUGCGGUUGGCGUAGUACGGCGUUGCAUUUCACCCGCCCGUCUGACGUGCGGCGAAGGGAACCUCGCGCUCGGGAUAUCGUAGCAAUUGCUAGCCAGAAACACGUGCUAACUAGCGCCGAAGGAUGGAAAGUGCAUCAUCUCACUGCACAAAUGGAUGACUUGAUGUCAUUAGAAUCUGACGUUGGAGAGCAGUUGGCGGGCCUAUUGCGAGCUCUUGAAACAGCUUCAGGGCGCGCGAUAUCCGCUCUGCAGCCACAUUCCCAUACGAUACUCGAGUUACUCAAGGGUAAUAUUCAAAGAAGUAAAAUAGUAUGUGAAGGAAUACAAGAAGCUCGCGAGGACAUUCUUCGAGUGUUUACACAUAGAAACUUCGUGUCUGACAUUCUCACAAGACAAGCCGAUAAGAGAUGUUUCAGGAAGCACCGGUCGCAGUCGUAGCUAACAGUGGAAUCUCGCAUACAAAUGGACAGUAUUUUCUUGUGAUUCUAUCGUCUCAAAUGGACUUAGCCUCACUCAACAUCACCGAACUGUUGUGGAUCCUGUCAAUUCAGACACCCGAGGUUACAAUAAUUCGAUAGCUAGCUUAAGAUUAUCAGAAUUUUUCAAAACACCGCCCAAACGAAAUGUAAAAUGUCGUCAUUUAUCCUAUGAAGGCUAAGACUAAGGUUUGUAUUGCAAAAUUAGCCAGCUAAAUAAUGUAGAUCAAGUAAAUCGGCAAUACUGUCUCCAUCUGGUUAAUAACAUGCUGAUGUCUCUGUUUCAUCUUCUUAAAAUUAGUUUUGUAGGUACCUAACACUGUUUCUUCUUCAUCCUCUUUACCUACAUCUCGGGUGCAAAGUAAUAACAUAGAUAGUAUUUUUUUUUAACUAUAUUUCUUAAAUCACUAAAAUAAGACGCUUUUGAUCGCGAAAUACUCGAUUUGUGGCCCUGUUUGAAUUGACAGAACUUUUUACAUUUCAUAUACUACAUACAUAGAAUUUUAAGCUGGUUGCGAUUUAUUGUAUAUUGACUUCUAAUUUUUGGUCUAAUUUGACCGGACAUUUACUAAACUCCAUAUUGUAAAUUAAAUCUAAAAGACCUGAUAUUUUUUUUAGAUUACUAUGAUGGUGGGUUGGGUCUCUAAGUGCAAUAAUAAGGCUUUGCACAUGAAUAUUUUAUAAAAUUGGUACUUCCAAGAAUUAUAUUGAGGUUCUAAACUUGUAAAUAGAUUUAAGUGUAUAUUAAGCAAUGAAAAAUAUUUAAGUUGAGAAAAGAAUGCCUUGAAUGAGUUGUGUUGUUUUGGGACUUAAUUUUGAAAAAUACAUGGUUUAUAAUAAUUUGUUGUUUCACUUUCUUAUAUUCC